AUGUCAACUAGAGGGCGGGGCAAUGUAACCAUAAAGCGUGGCGCGUUACCAAAUUUGGCUUUGGCUGGUAAAAGAGAGGAUUCUUCUUCUGCUUCUUCAAACUUGAGAGGUGGAAAGCGCGAUGGACGUGGAAGAGGCAGAGGACGUGGAAGAGGUGGAGGCCGUGGAGGUGGUCCGAAGCAAGCACUUAUUCAAUCUGAAGGAAUUUUUUCUGCCGGACUGUGCGCUUCUGAGAAGAAGGUCGCAGAGAAAGACUCUGGAAUAUCGUUUUCAAUAGCUCGGAAAAGGACCAAAGAAGAUGAUGCUGAAGAUCGUGAGUUCCGUGAUCCUGGCCAAGGUUGGGAAGAUAUGUGGGAAAGUGAUGAAGCUGAGGAUGAGAAGGAGUUGUCAGAGCUGAUGAAAGAUGAUUUCAUAUCUGAUUAUCGUCGUGGAGAUAGAAUGCCUAUUGUUUUGCCACAACAGGAUGAAAAUCAGUUUUUCAAUAUUCUGGAUAAAAAAGCUAAAGACGAGUUACUGUCUGAUACUGAAAAUGAUUCUGCUUGCGAAGAAGAGAAGCCGAAUGCUGACGAUACUGUGUUUGAACAUUACGAAGAUGACACAGUGACUUCCAAAUUCAGUAGAGAAGCAGGGGCAAUUUUCUUGCAGAAAUCUAAAGCGAACGAGUCUAUUUUCAUGCUCCAAUUACCCAGUGUUUUGAAUAUUUUGGCGGCUACUCCUCCAGCUGAGGAGAGAGCUGAGAAAUCUGACUUUGGACAAACAGCAGAGCCUAUUGAGCCAGAUGAUAAGUCUCGCACUGUUCCUAAGCUUCCUUCAGGAUCCAAGAUCGGCUCUUUGAAGGUGUCUAGGAGUGGGAAAGUAUUUCUUGUCAUCAAUGGUGUUAGGAUAGAUAUAGCCAAAUCUACAAACGGUGGUCAGCAAGAUGGUGUGAUACUCUUGGAAACCACAACCAAGAAAGAAGGACCUGCUGGUGGAAUUCUUCAAGUAAAAACGUCUGAGGAAGGAACAGAUUCGGUUUACUUCUUGGGGAGUGUGAAUCAUUUUCUAUCAGGCUCACUUGGCUGGUCUGAAAUUCAGCCUAAGUCAGCUAAACUAAAUAACUCUUAUUCUCCAACGAAACAGUUGAACAAUGCCAAAUCUGCUUCUAACAAUGACGUGAAAGAGAAACUCGCUAGUUUAAGAAAAGAAGCGGCCACUUGGUCAUCCUUUGCAGAAAGAUGGGCUUCCCCUCUAAAUCCUCUAGAUAAUGAUUAG